AUGCGAAUGUUGGAUAAAUCAACAGGAGAAAAACGGAAAAGUACAGACACCACAAAUAUUACAGCCACAAAAGACAUGAAGAAAAGGAAGAAAGAAUCUGCCUCUGCAACUCUUCCAGAUCUCACUUCAUCCGAAAAAUCCAAAGAAAAUAUUAACAA